CUCUCUCGCUCGGCGCGGCGCGGCGCGGCUCGCUGCGGGCUCCGCGCGGCCAUGGAGGCGGACGGGAGCCAGGCGACCUCGGGCAGCCCCGGCGAGGCGCAGCACGACCCCGGCAAGAUGUUCAUCGGCGGCCUCAGCUGGCAGACCUCACCAGACAGCCUUAGAGACUAUUUUAGCAAAUUCGGGGAGAUCAGAGAGUGUAUGGUCAUGCGGGACCCCACCACCAAGCGCUCCAGAGGCUUCGGGUUUGUUACGUUCGCGGACCCGGCGAGCGUGGACAAAGUGCUGGCCCAGCCCCACCACGAGCUGGACUCCAAGACGAUUGACCCUAAAGUUGCAUUUCCCCGACGAGCACAGCCUAAGAUGGUCACAAGAACAAAGAAAAUAUUUGUAGGUGGAUUAUCGGCUAAUACAGUAGUGGAAGACGUAAAGCAAUACUUUGAACAGUUUGGCAAGGUAGAGGACGCCAUGCUUAUGUUUGACAAGACGACCAACAGGCAUAGAGGAUUUGGGUUCGUUACUUUUGAAAAUGAAGACGUGGUGGAAAAAGUCUGUGAAAUUCACUUCCACGAAAUCAAUAAUAAAAUGGUAGAAUGUAAGAAAGCACAACCUAAAGAAGUGAUGUUUCCACCAGGGACGAGAGGAAGGGCACGUGGAUUACCGUAUACCAUGGACGCUUUUAUGCUAGGGAUGGGAAUGUUGGGUUACCCGAAUUUUGUUGCAACAUAUGGCCGAGGAUAUCCUGGAUUUGCCCCAAGUUACAGCUAUCAAUUCCCAGGUUUUCCGGCAGCGGCUUAUGGACCAGUAGCAGCGGCAGCCGUGGCAGCAGCAAGAGGAUCAGGUAGGGGGGCCCGUGGAAGAGCAAACCCUCAGAGUGCAGGGUCAGUCUUGAAUAGCUACAGUGCUCAACCGAAUUUUGGCGCACCCGCUUCCCCGGCAGGCUCCAACCCAGCCCGGCCCGGAGGCUUUCCCGGGGCCAACAGCCCCGGGCCCGUCGCAGACCUCUACGGCACGGCCAGCCAGGACUCCGGCGUCGGCAACUACAUAAGCGCUGCCAGCCCACAGCCGGGCUCCGGCUUCGGCCACGGCAUCGCCGGACCUUUGAUUGCAACGGCUUUUACAAAUGGAUACCAUUGAAACGUUACACAUGGUUGGUUGCCAUCUCACUUGGAGAGCCUAUCUGGAUGUCCGGGCAAGACAGGGCGAAGUUUCUGAGUGGUCCCAUGUUUAGGUGAUAUCAUCAGACUUUGAGCACUACAUCAUCACCAAUAACAAACAAACUGGAGGUGGCACUCGACGGACUUAGGUUGUUUAAAAUCUCUCUCAUCAUCUCAUGAAUCUGCUGUACUAUAAAAACAACAGCUUUUAAAAGUAUGUAUAUAAAAUCCAUUUCUUGUUCGUUUUAUUUUCUCGAUGGGUUCCCCCCCUUUUUAAACCUAUUCAAACCCACGUUUUUUCGUAGCGUUUUGACAUAGUCUCGUAGCCACGUAGACCUAAUUCUUUGUGUAUCUCGUAGGAGCCUAACCAUAGCCUAGCUGUUUAUAUUAAGGGUUUUCUUUCGUUUCCUUUCCCCCCCACCCUCCGUGUUCCUCUCGUUCUCCGUAGUCGUUGUUGCUUACAGGACGCUGAGGCGGCACCGCGGGUCUGAGCGGGUGGCACCAGUUCUGGCACCGUAGACCUGGGCAGGUGGCAGCGCCGCGGCGGCGGCGACGAGCUGGGCGCUGCCGGGGCACGGCGGGCGCGGGCACGCGCUCCGGCAGCGGGUUCCCUAGCCCUUCUUUUUGUUUGUGACGUCUUCGUUAACCUGAUUCUAUCUAUUUUCGGCAAUAAGGCAAGGACGGCAGACUUUGGCGCGUCCUUUUUCUAUAAGUGCUUUUUUUUGUUGAAAGAGGUGAUAUAAGGUUUUUUGAAAUUGUGAAUUCUGAAAAAAAUACUGUAAAUACAAUUCCAUUAACUACAUAUAAACUAUUAAGAAAGAGAAAUACAAACUAUUUUUGUGAUGGAGUCAGUCUGAGGCAGUUUCUCUAUUAAAAUGGAAGAAAAAAAAAAAGUAAAGUUUUAACCGUGUAGACCAACUGCCAGAGCUGGCCCACCAGCGUUAGACUAACACUGUUUCGCUUGCUCUGUAGGUGUGGUAGACCUUCGAACUGUCCUAGCGUCAUACCAGCAUACUAUCUAGUCAUACGUGCACAGCUUACCAAGUAACAGUCUCGUUGUAUUUUUAAUUUAAAAACUGCUUUUCCCAAGACUGAAAAAGAAGCUACGGUUUUACUAUUUAACGCAUUUAAGGUUCAAAGCACACCUGUUCUUAGUUGUCGUUUCGAAUUAGAUCCACUUGCUGUCCAGUCAUUUCAGCUGCUCUGAGCGCCCUGCGAAGCCCGGGGAGGAGAGGGCUCCCCGCCCCAGGGAGCUGCAGGCGGAGCGGUGGUAGAGCUUGCAUCGUUACCUUUUUUAUCCAUGACUUUCCUGUAUUAACGAAUUAGGAAAGCGACUUUGUUUUUUGGGAAUACCUCAGUGCUACAAGUUUCACCCUAGAAGCAACGGAAGAUUUUAAUUUAUUGUAGUUGUAAACAGAAUUUUAAAAAAAUAAAGUAUAAAACAUCAUUGCACUGUGACUGGUAGGGGAAAAACUGACAGUUUCCUAUUUGCACAUGUUUAAUAUUUGGCUGUUAUAUAUAUGGUCCUCUGUUGGGGGAGGAAACUUAUGAAGGAUAUUUUUUAAUUUAAUUUUUUUAAUAUUGGUAAAUAGGCCUGCAACAGCAAACUAGAAGUACAACAUGGUAGGUGGCAUUAAGAACAUACUGUAGUGUGGAUAUAUUUCUUCUUUUUUUAACGUAAUAUUGACAAGUUUUAUUAAUAUUUUUUUAAAUUGUUACGUUUAUAAAUUUGGUACUUUAGGUACAGCCAGUAUAAGACACUGAAUGCGACAUUUGUUAAAAAGAGCUGCUGCACUCCUAUUUUUGUAAAUUUUACUAACAAGUAGACUAAUGUAGACGUUCAAUAGACAAGGUAGAGCAAGGCAUCUUUAACAAAAACAAGGCACCAUACUGCUAACCGAAAGGAGAAAACCUUGUUUUUCUUAUUUUUAAAAAAAGAAUCAUGCUUUUUUGUGUAAUAUUUUAGGUUUUUUUCUUAUUUCAGAACAACCAGGUUUAAGCAAAAUGCUGGACGCUUUUUAAAUAUUGAGACUUGAUCAAGUAAUAAAGUAAAUAAAACAAUUCUUUAAAAAAUAAAAACUAAAAAAAACAACAAACCAAAUUCCCUGAAAUUCAAUGUAUAAUCAGGGAAUUUUUUAUUGAUAUUUUGUCAAUGUUGAUGAUGUACUGUACUACCAGUUGGUUUUCCUCUCCAUUCCCUAUCACCUCAUAGAAUAUCCUUUGUUGAUCAUUGUUGUAUGUUAAUAGUGUAUAAAAUGGCUAUCUUGUAAGAGUGCUGUCCUGAUGCUAGUGUAGUGAAUUUUUCCCCCCCUUUCUCUCUUCCUCUUCUAGUACAUAUUGGUAGGUGUAUCGUAAUUAAGGUUAAAAAUUUAGAUGUAGUUAUUCAGAUUUAGGACCAGUAAGGAUAGAACUUUCUCUUAUUUAAGAAAAAAAAAUGCUAAUAAUUUUGGGAAGGUUUUCCUUUUUUUUUUUCUUUUCCUGUUUUUUUUUUUUCUUUUUUCUUUUCUUUUGCUGAUCUGAUGUGGUUUCAACUAACCAAAGGUCUCACAAUGUUAAAAAUGCUGGCAAACUCUUAAGGCAUUUUGUAGAUCCCCACCCUUGACUUUGAAAAGGGGAUGUGCCAUACUACCUUAAAUGCUAAUGCUAGAUAUGCAAAACUGGAUUUUUUUAAUUUAUUUUUUAAAAGAGGGAGGCACGGUAUAUUAAAACGAUUUUACUAAGAGAAAAAAAUAUUUUUUUAAGAAUGCUCAGAAGAAAUUGCUAAUCUGUGUGAAUAUGUUUUAGAUGUUUAUAUACCUUUUGAAAAGUCCCAGUGGCCCAUAGCACAAAUGUCGUGGAAUCCGAUAUGUUUUGAUGUGGCUACCUAGACUAAGGUUCGCAUUAGUCCCCCACUCAUCUAGAAGUCCAUUUCAAAGGGGUUUUUGUUCGUUCGUUCGUUUGGGGGUUUUCUGUAAAUUUUCUGCACAAAGGCUCAGCUACAUCUUUAUUUUAGUCAAGCACAGGGAGCGAACACGCAGUUAUGGCAGAUAUUGCCCUUUUCUUUCCAAACAGCUCGUACAGAACUGCUACCCCCAGAGUGACCAAAAAGAGAGAUUUCUAUCCAGCUGUGCAAAAUGGGCACCGAAAAUACCUCCCCCCGAGAGCGGUCAGUGGCGGGGAAGCAGGUUUUCCCCCGUCGCACGCCUCCCGCAGCGCUGGGUGCUGUGCUGGCCGUGCCGUGGGACAAUUUUUCUUACCAAACACAAUGCCAAUUUUGAAAGGAAUUGCAGAAAUCCAAAAGAAUUCAGUUACCCUCCCCCACCAAAAAGAAAAAAAAAAGAAAAGAAAGUCAUUCGUGAUUGGCUUGAUUAAAAUGAAGCCUGAUCUGUCCCUUUUUUUGUUUCUUACACUUCAUAAAUGUUCAUUUUGAGUUGAAUUUGUAGCUUGGACUUUAAGGUAGCAUGGCUCUCUUGCUGUAAGUUUUUUGUUUUUUGUUGUUUUUUUUUUUCAUUGUACAGCAGCAUUCAGCUGGUGAAUGUUACACAUCUUGCUAGACUAGUUAAACCAUUGGGUAAUUGUUGGUAAUAACGACCUGAAAGGUGUUCAGAUUUCUUUUCUUCCCUCCCCUGCUCUGAAACCUCUGAUGCUGUUUUCAUCUUUAGUGUGAAUGAGGGCUAGUGACUCCAGCCACAGUUACCUUCCUGUUUCGUUUUUGCCAUUCACUCAAUGCAACAUAAUCAAUAAUAAAGCAAUAUAGUUUACUACAUUUUUACUGAAGGCCAGCCAUGGUUAUGUAUGAUAUUGCAUAUGAAACUGUUUACAAAAAAAAACACUAACUCAUAGCUGUCUUUUAUGCUAUGGAUAUGUCUCUUGGGUGGAAUUCUUUGAAUUAUUUUUUUUUUUAGUUUAGUUUUGUUUGUUUUUUUAAGCAAAAUAGUUUAAACAGAAAACUGAAGUUAGUGUAAGUUUAAGAGACAGGAUGCAUUGAAGACACACCGGCAGAUCCUGGGGUCUGCGCACAUACACUGUAGAGUUUCAUACGUACAGAAUCGAAUUCAAACCCAUUUCUGUGUGUGAACACUACAUGAGGAGAUUCUGUAAGCUAAGCAAUACUUUAAUACUGUAAUAAAAAUUACCAAAAAUAAUAAAAAAUAAGUAGUUUGAGAGGGUAAAUCUACGUGAUCGGUUCUCAGUUACCGAACAAUCCGAAUGUAUCGUCUUGAGAGAAUUUCAUUUCAGAUCAGUGUAAAAAUCCAAGCAGCCUGGCGGAGAAGCAGGACUCACCCGUGCUAUACAGCUCUGUAUUCUGUACAUACUUGUAACACCAAGCGUGGGAUCUGUGUGUCGCGUUGACCGUAGUGGGUAGCAAAUUAAGUCAUUCUCUGUUGUACAAGGUCUGAACUCCAUCAGUACUAGAAUGCAAGUCUAAGCAUUUCAGGUGGUCAUAAAUGUACCUAAAUAAACUAUGGCACAGUGGCAAGCCUAGCCCUUCCUUUUAUACUUUAGUAUGAACUGAUGAGAACUUUGGUAGUGACUUUUUUUUUAUAUAUAUACAUAUAUAUAUGUAUCUAUAUAUAUCAAGCAUCUUUCAGGUCUCUGUGUAUGGCUUUCUAAAGCCCUGUUGUAAAAUACUAUGUGGAUGGGGGUCUCUCACAUCACAGAUGUGGAAAGUAUAAUUUUAUAUUUGUAUUUUCAAAUAAAUAAGUUUGUGAAAGGUUUCCAUCCUCUACUGUGGUCCAGAAAUCAAUGUGUUUGUCUGACAAAAAAAUACAAUAAACUGUUUUGAACAGA